AUGCCGCCCGUCAUCAACCCCAAGACCAACACCCUCGCGGAGGCCGUUAAGGCCGCUUUGACUAAGAAGUCUGGAGAUUCGAAGGAUGGUCAGAAGCGCAGGGAACCAUGGCGUGACAUGGAGAGGUACAAGUCUACCGAGGACAACGUCCAGGUCAGCAAGGUCUGCGACAUGCGCCUCUUUGGCAACCAUGUCAACGCUCACUCUUGA